ACAAGAAACCAAUCUUCACUUGACAGCAGAAGUACCACGAACACAGAGUGUUGCAGUCACCACUGUGCAGGCAGACACCACUUCAGUUUCUUCCUUCAAAUUAAUUGCUUCCGUCUUGUGUGGCACACGAUUGGACUUAUUCUAGUGCCACCCAGUAGAGAGACUUCGACGCCCAUCCGGUAGAAUAGAAUCCAGCCAUGGGCAGAAGGUGCGAUUUGGCGCUUCUUUCACUCGGGGUGAUACUACUUUCCAACCAGAUCUCCCAGGCCAAUGCUCUGCUGAAACGGUGCUACCAGUGCAGAUCGCGCGGCGAACUGGGCAGUUGCAAGGAUCCGUUUACGUUCAAUGCGACCCAGGCGGAGAACGAGCGGGGCGUGACGGCCGUCCCAUGCGCUUCCGGUUGGUGCGGAAAGGUGAUCGAGGGUCAAGGAUCUUUCCGGGAGGAUGAUUACGAUAUGGCAACGCAGCGCAUGUGCGUCCAGCGGGGUCCAUCGGAUUCGGAGGAUCGGUGCGCGUACACCGUUUACAACUAUAAGAAGGUCUACAUGUGCUUCUGCCAAGGGGAUCUGUGCAACGGUGCAGUGCAUUUACGAGUGUCUACAGGUUUUCUGAUGAUGGCAGCAACAUUGACCAGUGUCUUGUUUACGGUUGUGAGAUUUCAUUGAUGACUGCAUCGAGCGUAGAUCACCAUAGAACCAUAGAAGUUAGCACCGUACUCGCUUUGAAUGGCGUACAGAAGAGAUUGUAAAAUGUUCAUAUAAAUAUAUAUUUAUUUUUAUUGUGUUCUAAAUUAAAAUAAAUGCUGGAAAAUAUUGAUAACUAGAAUUUCAUUU